AUGUAUGCCGCUCGAUCGAAUCGAUUCCGAAAGACCAGAUUGGAACUUGAAAUUGAAAAGCAUCGCGCCGAAGGGAAUUUUAACAAAGCCCUUGAAUUAGCCUGUGCUUUCAAAAGUGAACGUAGCGGUCUGAAUGCUUGUCUUUACAAUCUAGUUUAUUGUGAAAGCCGUCUUGUGUUAUCUGAAAAGGAAUGCACCUAUGCUAUUGAUUUUAAGGAUAUUGAAGCUGCCUUGGAGACUGCACUUCGAAACGCGGAUGAUCAAUAUCGAUACGAAGCAUCAAUUUUAAAAGCCAAAAUCCUCUUUAUUCAGGAACAAUAUGGAAAAGUAGUCGACAUUCUAACUACUGGGGGGAUAGAUUUGAAGAAGGUCCGAAUUGAAUCUUACUCGUCUCGUUUCGCCUGUCUUCUCUCAGAAGGCUUCGCUAUGCUUGGAAUUGCCAAGGAGCGACAGCUUUCGGCUCGGUCACAGCAGAGCGAGACAGUGGAUUCUGAUGUGAAUACUGAAAUUUUUGAUUGUUAUGAAGCCGCGGGAAGCAUUUGUAUUCGUUACCUCCAGGAAGUUGAGGCUAGUCUUCCUGAGAAUCUUCAACCAAUUGGUCUACCCAAAUCUGUCGACACCGCAAUUAAGCGUCAGGUCGUUUCGUCACUGCAGCAAAAUGAUAUGACUGAGGCUGUCCAGAAAUUCCGUUCCCUGUUGCGUUAUGUUGAGACACCUUCCACGAAGCGUCUGCGCCAAUCUCUGGCACGUCAAUUGGCUGAACUUCUGUUGCGUGUUGUUUGUACUGGGAAAUAUCAAAAGUACUUUAUUUCAGCCGAACGCGACUUGGUUGGCAAACCAAGGCGCUAUCCAGCUGAUGGCUAUGUACCAGAUGAUCAAUUGCAGGAAGCCAUUUUGAUGCUACUUAUCUCUGAGUUUAUUGCGAGUCAAGACGUUAUUCUGAAUCGAUCUGCCGAUUUAGCUGAGGAUCGAAUUAAGACAGUUAAUGAAACUGUUGCCAUCUAUGACUUAUUGGCCAUCGCACUCGUUAGAAAAGGCUACUUCUCUUUCCUCUCAAAGACUCUGGAACGCGCUUUAAAAUUUUCUUAUCAGGAGUUCCAAAUCUGGUAUCAAUUUGCUCUGUCGCUUAUUGCAUCUCAGAAGUACUAUCGAGCAUAUCUAGUCUUGCGUGAAUGUCAACGCAUUAACCCCGAUAAUAUCUCAAUCUACCUUCUCGCUAGCUCUCUGUGUUUAGGCCGUCUGCAUUUAAUAGAAGAGGGUAUUUUCUUCGCCACAAAUGCCGUCAAGGUUGCCUCAAAAGAUGAGGACACCUACUUGAGUGCUAGAGCCCACCUUAUGUUGGGUUGGGGCUAUUCCAUCUCAGCUAGAGAAUGCAGAAUGCUUCCACGCAAAGCCGAGCUUCAAAUUCAAGCGAUUGAGGAAUACACUGCAGCAACGAAAGCUGAUCCGCAGGAUCACUUGGCGUGGUACCACCUGGCCACAGAAUUGGCCAUCAAACGCAAUAUUGAGGAGGCACUCAAAGCCUGUCACCAAUCGAUCCUUAUUGCGCCCACUCAACCGGAGACUAUCCGGUUGCUCGCUCUUCUCCACACUGCCUCUGUCUCCUUGAAUUCAUCUAAUCAAGGUGCAAGGGAAGGUCGUCAAGCCCAUCUUGCCCAGGCUCUACGAGCACUUCAAAGUGGUCUUGCAGAUCGUCCGCAUGAUUUUGCUCUUCUUUUCACUCUUGCCAAGGUGCAAGCGGAGUUGCAUGGUCCCGAGGCGGGACUCAAAGUCUACAUGGACUUAAUUGAUACUUGGUGCGACUGUUUUCCUCAGUACCAAGGCCAAAGAUUGGAAAACGGCACUUCGAAUGGCUUUGAGCGUCUUCGUGGUAGCACAAUCCUGCCUAGUGAGAGUUCCACAGUCGAUUUUUGUAUCUCAGAGACGGAUUUCACGUUGAUAGGAGAUGGUUCAGCUGAUUGUGAGCAUAUUGCUCUUCUGCCGACCAACCGACUGGAAGCCAUCUUCACCGAUCUCGUCUCCGCUGGAAGUUCAUCGACAGCGACAAAUGGAGGCUCUGCUGCCUCAAUCAAACCUCAGACAACCUGCUUCUCUGGAUCUGUAGGCGUUGCCUUCUCGCCGCUCUCCCUCCUCGCUAAGAUUCUUGGCUGUAUGGCGGAGUUGUACUUGGAGUCUGAUAGAAUUGAAGACGCUCAUGAUUGUGUUGCAGAAGCCAUUUCUCUAUCUCAAAUCAACCAUGAGCUACUUUAUCUGAGAGGCCAAUAA